AUGUGGCACGGCAUCCUGCUGUGCCUCGCCAUCGCCGCCGGUGAUGAUGCCGCCGACGUGGUGGACGUGCCGCAGCAGCUGAUGAGCGCGGAGAAAUUGCGGAGAAUACACCAAGCCGUGGAUAAGAAUAAGGAUGGGAAGGUCUCGGUGGCAGAGGUGGUGGACUUUGCGCGACAUAUGAAUCAGGUGAUCACCAGCAAGGAGGUGCAGGGCAUCCUCAACGAGUUGGACAAAGACCAGGAUGGCAAGUUGUCGUGGCAGGAACACCUGCAGGAUCUGCAUCGCUUUCACGACCCCCCGGAAGAUGCCGACGAGGAGAUGCUGAAAGAGUUCGAGACCAGAGUCGCCUUUGAAAAAGAGAAGUUCACAGCAGCUGACGUGGACAAAGACCAUUUCCUCAGUCCCGAAGAAGCAGUUUUCCUCUUCUUGCCAGAGACGCAUCCGGAAGUCUUAGAUGUGGUGGUCAAUGACAUCAUGAAGACCAAAGACAAGGAUGCAGAUGGUUACCUUAGCCCACAAGAGAUGUGGGAGUUUUCGGCCCAGGAAGGCCUCUCCGAAGAAGCGAUGGAGGAUUUCCAGAAACUCGACAAGGAUGGCAAUCACCUUCUAGACGCUCAGGAGGUGAGAGCCUGGGAGUCGGGCUUGUUCCACACCGAGUCUGAAAUGCUGCGACUCAUUGAGGUGGCGGACAAGGAUGGAGACAUGGAGGCGACUGCCGAAGAACUGGAAAAUGCCAGGGAAGACCUGGAAGACAGCUUGGCGCAAUACCACCUCAACGAGUGGGCUGAGCACAUUGAGUUGUGA